CUAUAAAAGCAUUGCUCCUCUUCCUUCUUUUCACAUCCACUCAGCAUCAAGCAUCAGACCUGCAGAGAUGGGAUUUGCACUUCGCUCGGUGUUCCUUCUCUGUGGACUUCUGGCAGGAGUCUUGGCCUUCCCAGAAGUGACUUAUUGUCCCAAGGGCUGGACUCAGUUGGAUGAUUCCUGUUUCAUGUUUGUACCACAGCUGAGAACUUUUGUUGAUGCUGAGCAUGUGUGCAUACUCAAAGGUGGGAACCUGGCCUCCGUCCUCGACGCCAAAGAGAACGCAUUGGUCUUAGAGCUGAUUCGGGAAAACUUCAGUCCCAUUCAAGACACAUGGAUUGGACUCAGCGAUGCCAUUCAGGAGGGAAAGUUCCUGUGGACCGACGGCUCACCUUUGGACUUUACAGCAUACGAGGCGGGUCAGCCCGACAACUUUCAAGGCAACGAAGACUGCGUUGAGAUUAGUGACGACAAUGAACUUUGGAACGACGACGCCUGCACGGAUUUGAAUUACUUUGUUUGCAUCAAAGAGGCACACCGUCACUAAUCAGCUCAGCUACCGUCACAUCGUUCUCGAAAAAUGUCUGUUGCAAUAUUUGGAGAAUCUUCGGAAACAAUAGCAGAUUUCCAGCGGUUUCUUUGUUUCUAUCUAUGAUCUUCUCAGCAAUUCAAUUUCUCUUGAUGGCAAUCAAAUUUGGAAGGUGGAAGGGUAUCUGAAAUAAAUGAAGGAAUCUGUCAAUGCA